GGCCGGCGUUGCCAGGCGGAAGCGCGGCGGCGGUUGGCGUUUAAAGGCUACGGGGCGGCAAAAGGGCGGCGAGCGGCGGCAGCGCGGGCGGAGCGGCCUCAGGCGUCCCGGCCCCGGCGGCCCCCGGGCGGAGCGGGGAGAUGGUCUCCAGAGCCGCCGAUCGGCUGCUGAUCGUCGUCUCUGUGCUAGAAGGGCGCUGUUUUCCAAAACGACCCAAGCACAGUCUUAUAGUUGAAGCAAAGUUUGAUGGUGAACAGUUGGCUACUGAUCCCAUAGAGCAUACUGAUCAGCCAGAAUUUGCUACAGAAUUGGCUUGGGAACUGGAUAGGAAAGCACUUCAUCAGCACAGGCUGCAGCGUACACCUAUCAAACUCCAGUGUUUUGCAUUGGAUCCCGUGUCUUCAGCUAAAGAGAAUAUAGGCUAUAUUGUUCUUGAUUUGAGAGCUGCACAGGAAAAGAAACAGGCACCCAAAUGGUAUCCUUUGCUUAGUAACAAGUACCCUAAAUUUAAACCUGAAAUACAAAUAGGUGUUGUGUUGGAGACUGAUUCAAAAGCACUGGUUGAUGAUUUUAAAGCCAAGGAGGCACCCCCUAGAGAAGGAAAGGUAGUUACUCUUUUUCCUGGGUUAGACCCUAAAAGCGUUAUACCAGUCUUGAAUGAAGAAGAGGGCUAUCAUCAAAUUGGACCAGCAGAGUAUUGCAGAGACUACUUUGUCUUGUCUGUAACCAUUGCAUUUGCCACACAGUUGGAACAGUUAGUUCCUAGUACUAUGAAGCUUCCUGAACGACAACCUGAGUUUUUUUUCUACUACUCAUUACUGGGAAAUGAUGUCACAAAUGAACCUUUCACUGAUUUAAUUAAUCCAAACUUUGAGCCAGAAAGAGCUUCCGUUCGAAUACGUAGUACAGUUGAUGCCCUUCAGGUUUAUCUUUGUACACAGUCAAAAUUGCAGAUCCAUCUUUGCUGUGGGGACCACUCUCUUGGAAGCACUGAAAUACCCUUAUCUGGACUACUGAAGAAAGGAAAUGUGGAGAUUGAUCAACACCCUGUGGCAAUAGAAGGAUCAUUUGUCCUUGUUCCACCAAAUAGAGCUAAACAGAAGCUACCACAAUUGCCUUUGGAUCUGGCUCCUACUCUUGGGGUAUCUGUAGUUCUUCAAAGGGAGAACAUGACUCCCCAGCUUUUGAUUCCCUUAAAUGCUCCAACUGAAUCUAAACAGCCACAGGAGAAAGUUCUUUCACCUGUUAGUGGAAAAACAGAGAGCCUGCAACAGAGAUCCCAGAAGGUCCUAUCUCAAGCUGAUCAAUGUUCUUCAAAAGAAGAUGUGGCAACAGAAAGUGAAGUGGAAAGUCUUAAGUUUGAAAAAGGCACAAAACCAAGGAAAACAGAGUUGGUGUCUGGCUGCUGCCAAGAAGUUAACAAGCAGUUCACUGAAGAGCUUCCAGGUUUCAAAUUGCAGAGCAGAGCAAAGUCACCUCUAUUAGAUCUGCAAAAUCCCACUGAUAAUGGUCCGGUAGCAGCAUCUCAACCCAACCCUGUGGGUGUGUCCAGUUCUUCUGAACCUGUGUCUACACAGAAAAUUGUUAUUCCAGCAUCCUCUCAUCAUUUUUGCUUUUCAAUAGACCUGAGAAGUAUACGUGGUCUGGAAGUUGGUUUUCCAAUAAAUUGCAUUCUAAGGUACUCGUAUCCAUUUUUUGGCAGUGCAGCACCUAUUAUGACAAGCCCACCUGUAGAAAUCAGAAAGAACAUGGAAGUCUUUCUUCCAAAGUCAUAUUGUGCCUUUGACUUUGCAACUAUACCUCAUCAGCUUCAAGAUACAUUCUUCAGAUUGCCUCUGCUGGUUGAAUUGUGGCACAAGGAUAAAACAGCCAAAGAUUUGCUUCUAGGGGUGGCAAGACUUCAGCUUUCAAACGUGUUGACUUCGGAAAAAACACGCUUCUUGGGUGGGAAUGGUGAACAAUGCUGGCGUCAGACUUGUAAUGAAACAGUCAGUGUCACAGCAGCACAUGGAUCAGGCAACAGAAUAGCAGAGCUUUCGUAUGCCACCACUUUGGAAGACUACGGGCUUGUGAAGGUGCAAGAAGUUAUGGUGUCAGAUUCUUCUCAAGGUGUAGUUGCUGGGCAACAACAGCAUAUUCCUCACACUCAGCCUCACUGUACUCCAGAAGACCAUCCAGAACCUCGAGAAACUCUUGAAUACAAAGCAGCACUGGAGUUAGAAAUGUGGAAGGAAAUGCAAGAGGACCUUUUUGAAAAUCAGCUUAAAAAGAAGGAAAUGGUCCAUAUGCAAGCACUUGCAGAAGAAUGGAAGAAAAGAGAUAGAGAGAGAGAGGCACUAGUGAAGAAAAAGGUAGCAGAGUAUAAUGUUUUUGAAGAAAAACUUCAGAAAACCCUGAGAGAUCUAGAUAAGCGAGAACGACAGCUUUUUAGUGCUGAAUCAGAGCUUCAAAGAGUAAAGAAGGAGUUGCAAGCAGAGCAUGAACAAAACCUGCAGGUGCUACAGGAUUCUGUGCGGCGAGCCAGAGAGGAAUGUGCACACCAGCUUGAGCUAGAAAGGUCAAAAAUCAAACAACUGGAAGAAGACAAGCUUCGCUUACAUCAGCAGCUUUAUGAAGCAGAAAAUAAGCAUAAAAUUUUGGAGAAGGAGUUUCAGCAAUACAAAGAACAGCAAAGUAGCAAACCAGAAAUCCAGCUACAAUCGGAAAUAAAUCUUCUCACUUUAGAAAAGGUUGAACUUGAAAGAAAGUUAGAGUCAGCUACCAAGUCAAAGCUCCACUACAAACAGCAAUGGACAAGGGCUUUGAAAGAACUUGCAAGGUUAAAACAGCACACCCAGAAAGGACGUGGGAGCCAGUCUGGCAUGAUUCUUCUCUCCAGGGACACAACCAGCAUCUUACUUCCUCCAACCAUAGUUCUGACGCACAUUUUUUGGGUGAUAUUUGAAGGUGAAAAUGUGGUUUGGCAAUACUGCACAGCAGUUGACAGCUCUGGGUUGGUGACAGUCAGGAAAUCAGUUCUCUACAGCAUUGUCCUCUUCCCAUGACUCAAACUUUUACAAUUUAAUGGUCUGAUGCUUUCUCUAUGGCCUGUCUGAACAUUUUUGGUCAUAAAAUACAGCUAGACUUUUCCCAGUAACCAAACUUCAUCUGAACUUUGAAGUUUUUUGUGAAGAAAUCUGGCUGUCAUGCAUGGGCUGCUGUCAGCAGAAGCACUUUGCCAUCUCACCUCCACUUCUGCGUGAAAAGGUGAGUAUAUGAAUAAAGGUUUUAGAGUUCGACCUUCCAUUAUAGCUUAAGUCCUUUAAAUAGACAAAUGACAAGCACAAAGCAGUCUGCAUGUGCUGUUUUAGCCAGUAAAAAGCUCUUGACACCUCACAUUGGCGCAAGCUGGUGAUACUUUACCACAACUCUCCUGUGCCCUGGCUCUGCCUUACUCUGACCCAGAAGAAAGUAAAUUUUCUGCCUCAGGCAGCAAGCUGCAGAGGCAUGGAUGGAUCUCCUGAGAGGGCCUUGGAAGUGGCAUCUCUUGGGGCAUGGCAGAGCUGUGUGAGCACAGGAAAGGAGCAAAAGACCAGAAGCAGCAAAAUGAGAGGUAUACUUGGGUCACUGUUUAGCAGAAAUCCAGACAGUUGGUUUUUUUAGGGCUCUCCAAAAUAACAUUUUUACAGGGAGAAGUCCAGCCCAAGAUCCUGCAGUAAGAGCUGCCUUGUCCAUGUCCUAGAACUGUCUGUCUGCUGAGCUGAACUCCUGUAGGGAGGAAGCCUUCUCCUGCUAUGGGGCCACCAUGUCAGGGAGAAAGGAUGGCUGUAGCAGUACACACAUUCUAGAGGCCAGGAUGGAAGGACCCAAGCUGUGAAUAUGAAUAUUCACAACAGUUAUACCCACAGCUAAAUGUAAAGGACUGGCUUCAGCUCAGUCUAGGAUUUGAGCACAUAUUUUGUUUCAGUGCUAGUCUAUCCAAACUAAUUUGUCCAUCUCUAAUAAUUUUGCCCACUGGGCUCCAUCUCACAGCUUUUAAUCUUUAUUCAGGCUAUAAGCCCAUUGACCUCAGUAACAGCUCUGCCAGGAUAAAGAUUGAAUGAGGACCACAGGAUUCAGGCUGAAUAUCUUGAAUACCAUUUAGAUAUCAUUUUCUAUAUAAAGAUCUCCAAAUUUCUUUAAAUAAAACCAUGGAGAAGUGGGAGAUGAUAACAUCUUCAGUGUUAUGAUUCAGAAUAAUCACUUCUCAAAUGUACAUGUGAGGUAGAAGACAGAAAAUGAACCUUUUGAAAGAAAUACAGUCUACAUAACAUACUGGGAGUGGUCAAUGGGUAAACAAGUUCUGGCAGUGGUGAAGUUAUGUGAAUACACAGGAAUUAUUUACUACUUUCCUCUGAGUAGAAGCAGGACCACACAAAUACAGGCCUGUCACAAAUAUAUAUGUAGGGAAUGAUGACUCCAAUUCAUUACAUUUAGUGGGAUUCCAUGUGUUUUGCUGGGCUGCUGACCUACUGCAACAAUAUUAAAAUGCACUGGGGUGCAUUUUUUAAAUUACAGAGGAAAAAUGAGAGGAGCCUUUAAAAGACUUUGCCUGUACAGCCAAGUCCACACUUGGUGCAGCUCUCUGAGGUUAUGCUACCAAUAAGGUUGAAUAAAGUCUGGGACUGGAACAGACAUGUUCACUGACUGCUGUCCUAUGGAAGUCAUAUAGCAAGUUUUAUAACCUGUUCUCUAGCCAUAUUUGAGUUACUCUAAUUUUGCAUUAUUGUGCAGUUUCACAUUAUUUCCCAUGCCCAGCUGUUAGAGGUUUUCCUGAGCCUGGUUGCUGUUUGUUAAAAACAGAGGAAGUGUGCAGUGGUUCACACAGGAUGGGACAGGAGAAAAGAUGAGAGGGCUGCAGACAGGGGCUUUACAGAAAUUGAAUGUUAAAGCUGGAGCACUAAUAAGCUUGAGCUUCCUUAUCUUGGCCAGCUCUAAAGUUGAAAUUUGUGGAGUUUUCUUGGCCUUCCAUCUAGAUCUGACCUAUCCUCUGAGAAUAUGUAGAUAUUUUUGGCUUUUUUAGAAUAUACUGCACAGAUCAGAGAUCAGAAAAAUUACAGCUGGCAGAAACCUUACCUCAUUUAUUCUGUCUGCCUUUCUGUGAAGGAUCGUUCCCUGGAGUCUGCUUUUGUAGCAUUCAUAACACAAUCUAGAACUAGUGAAAAGGGGAAAGUUUGUCCAGAGAAGUUUGCUAUUUAAGGGAAGAGGUUGAUUUUUAGUUGGUUGGUUGGUUGGUUGUUGCUGCUGUUUUCUUUUGUCUGGAUGAAACACACUAGAAUUUAGACAGUUGUCCCUCACCUCUCUGUAUACCUUGGUACAGGAGAUUUACAUAGCUAUUUAUUUUUAUGAUAACCUGUGUUUCAAACAAGUCUGAAGGAUCUGUUAACCACUAUCUGAGCUGAUUUUCACCUCAGGUAAGAAUUAAGGGCUACUGCAUGACAUGUAUAUGGUGCAUCAUAAUAGAGUCUGUAGUUUAGUAUUUGCACUGCAGUAGCGCCUCCCCGUUCAUCUGAAUAUAAAAUCUCAUGUGAACAGUCUCCAAAAAAAAUUAUAACCCUAACACAGCAACAGUUUUCAGAUAACAUAAUGUGAAAAGAAAAAACUAAAAAAUCCUCAACAACCAAAACACUUUAAAGAACCUCCAAAGUGCCUGCAGAUGUUCUGUCUUCUGACUUCUAGGCCACUUGGACACCACAGGAAUGCAGCAAGACUUCAGGUGAGCUCUCAUAGUGCCUAUCCAAAAAGGGAUAUUGUAGGUGGUAGAAAUCCCUUAGGGAGCCUGGUUGCAGUAGGUGCCUUCUCCCUGCUUUUCACACCAUGUGGAGUUUGCAGGCCCAGCCCUCUGGAUCCUGCUUGGAAAACGUGGCUUACAAAACAGCAGACACUUGGUCUGACUGGGCUGAAAAGGGAAGUGACUAUGUCAUAUACUCAGAGAAUUGUAUUAAACCUCCCUUUUGCUAGGAUAAAACUGAGAAAAAAAAAAAAAAGAAAAUAGCCUCUAUAUUUCUCAUAUUCAGAAUUGCCAUUCCAUGCUUUACAAAUUGCAUGAACCCUGUGUUGUUUUUAACAGGUUUUUAACAGGUG